UUCAACAUUUAGUGUAAUAAUCGUCACCACUAUCAUCGUUGCCAUAUGCGCAAAAUGGGCAGUGAAGUUAGUAAAUUGGCUGUGGUUUAAGCCAAGAGAGCUCGAAAAAAUUCUAAGGCAACAAGGCCUCAAUGGCACUCCUUACCGGCCCUUUCUUGGAGACGUAAAGAAUAUGGUGAGACUCAACGAAGCAGAUAAACGGAAAACAAUCAAUCUCUCAGACGAUACUUCACCGCACGUUUUCGGGUAUUACUACCGGACCGUUGCUAAGUACGGUAAGAAUUCUUUCUUGUGGUUCGGUCCGUGGCCGAGAUUGAACAUUGCGGAUCCGGAGCUAAUAAAGGAGAUUCUAAGUAGACCGGAUGCUUUUCAACAGCCACUUCCGGAAACAGGCAAGAUUCUUACGGGUGGGAUCGCGUUUCUUCAAGACGAAAAAUGGGCUAAACAUAGAAAAAUUAUCAAUCCCGCUUUCCAUAUCGACAAGUUGAAGAAUAUGGUGCCACUAAUUGGUUUAAGUUGCUCAAGCAUUUUACAAAAGUGGAAAGCCAUAGUUUCGAGUAGUAAUGAAGGUUGCAGCGAAAUCGAUGUAUGGCCGGAUCUUGAAGAUUUAACCGGAGACGUAAUUUCGCGCACAGCGUUUGGCAGCAGCAACGAAGAAGGAAAAAGGAUAUUUCAGCUCCAUAGAGACAAAACUGAGCUAACUCUCGAAAUUUUUCAGUUGACUAUGAUACCGGGAUGGAGAUAUCUUCCGACGAAACUAAACAGGAGACUGAAAGCAAUGAACAAUGAACUCCAAUUGUUGCUAAAGGGUAUAGUCGACAAAAGACAAAAAGCCAUGGAGAGGGGUGAAGCCAUGCCUAAUGACUUGUUAGGCGCUCUUAUGGAAUCGAAUUCAAGGUUCAUUAAUGAAGACAAUAACGGAAACAAGAAUGUUGUCGGGAUGAGUAUCGAUGAUGUCAUUGACGAGUGCAAUUUUUUCUACUUUGCGGGGUCAAAGACGACGGCUAGUUUGCUCGUGUGGUCUAUGGUAUUGUUGUGCCAAAAUCCCGGUUGGCAAACCCGAGCAAGAGAAGAGGUCAAUCGAGUUUUCGGGAAUGAAGAGCCAUCUUUCGAAAGCUUAACUCACCUCAAAACUGUGACGAUGAUUCUGCAAGAAUCUCUAAGGUUGUACCCACCGGCGCCUCUAAUGACACGAGGCUCUACGAAGACAGUGAAACUAGGAAAUAUGACUAUUCCACCAGGGGUACAUAUGACAUUGCUAAUAGGCAUACUCCACCGCGACCCCAAUUUUUGGGGAGACGAUGCAAACGAGUUCAAUCCUCAGAGAUUCUCUGAAGGAGUUUCGAACGCGGCAAAUACUCAAUCCGCCUACAUACCCUUUAGUGCUGGUCAAAGAGUCUGCAUCGGUCAAAACAUGGUCAUGAUCGAAGCAAAAAUAGCUCUAGCCAUGAUUCUACAAAGCUUCUCGUUCGAGCUGUCGCCCUCAUACUUACAUGCUCCUUUUAAUGAUAUUAAUUUGUUACCAAUAUAUGGAGCUCCUAUGAUUUUGCGCUCAAUAUAAAAAAAAGGAUCAUGAUCAGGAUCAGAAUCAGAAUCAGAAUCAAGACCAGGUUUAGGUUCCUAAGCAAGUCCGUUUUUAUGCUGCUGAUAAGACAAUGUGUGUUUUUCAUUUUCACUUUUGUGGAAUCAAAUGAUUUGUGUACUCAACUUGUACUCCAAUAAAAUGGAAGUAAUGUCUUUUGUUUGACCCAAUGAUCAAUAUGUAAAGAUAAAUUAUAUCUCACGACAUUGGUUAAGAUAUAGUUGCUUUCACAUGACUUAAGAUUGAGAGAGUAUUUUAGUCGAAUUAUUAAAAAUAUUUUACAACCCA